AUGUCGAGGACGGUGAAAGAUUCCAUGAAUCCUCUUACAUGGGAGUACCGCUUACACGGCAGCUGCUUCUCGCAGAUGCGCGACCCCGGAGGCAAUGGACGCGAGGCUCACUCGUUAAAGUAUGAGGAUAACGAAUACGAAUACAAAGACGUCACAUUAACCAAGAAAUACGACGUCUACAGAGAACAACUCAAGAAAAACCCUCGCAAGUUUAUUGAUGAAGACUACAUGUAUAACGUUUUGCAACUGCAGCAGACACCUGGCUGGGAACAGUACUAUAUUUACCCGUAA